CCUGCCGGAAAGUGAACCAUGAUUAUAUUUGCGGCGUGCUUGUUUUUCCCAGCCGCGCUCUGCAGCGACAAGGCAGCGCAGCAUGCACGAUUUGUGAAUAAUUCAGCGUGCACUCUGUUGUACACAAAUGUAUAAUGCAUUCGGCGGCCAAUUCAUUCACCUGCCCAUGGGGCUCUUUCGCUGCACGACACGCGAAAGGAACAUUGGCGGCGCCGCUCUGGGGAUUGGGAAACUUUUCAGCAGUUCUCCGAAAAAUUUGUUGUUAAUGUUUAUCGACAAAAUUUUCAUACAAUAGAAACCAAACACAAGAGUUUAUAGUGUGGCAAUCGCAGUGGAAGAGUUACGGAAGUGUGUCAUCGGUUAGUAGGUGGAAGUGACAGUGGAACACAUUAAAAAUGCGAGAGAAAAAUUUUGAAUAAAAUUAUACUAUCAAAACAAAGUCAAACAGAAUUAGAACAUUAUAAACUGCUGUAUAAUGAUGGAAAAAAGCUGCAGUGUAUAAUAAAUUAAAAUAACGAUAAAUUUGAAUAAUAAGACAAGUAUUGAAAAUAAUUAAUAAUUAAAAAAAGCUUUGUUUCAGGAAGUGCGUCAUUCAUUUUGGAACAGCACAGCGAACAGCAUCAAAUUCAGGUGACAUGGUUAGAGCAACAUGGAAUGGACGCAGCCCAUUUUGCUUUGGAUCCUUUUGCUACUGAUUUUUGGAGAGGUUGGCAGUAAUAACCAUUUGAGGAAAAAAAUUGGGAGAGGUCUUCAAAAUUCCAAAAGAGAAAAUAAUCGAAAGCAAAUAAUCAGUUGCUGCGGCAUCAAAAAUUCCUGCAUAUCUACCAAAAGACAAUUGAAUAAGACUUUACGCUCAACAACUUUGACACAGAAAACUACAACAAAAGCCACUGAAACAUCUUUGACCAGCACUUCCAACACUGUCAUCGAUUCAUCAGAUAUUUCGUCUUUUGAGGAAUCCACAAAUAAUGAAAGGACAGAAUCAAUAAGCGAAGUAGUUUUUGAUCCAAGCACUUCUGCCUUCACGUCCGAGAUCAAAACCAGCGAGAUAAUGUCAAGAAUUGCAAGUAUCACGGCAAGUACGUCAUCAACCAGUACCCCAGCUACUCCUACAGAAUCUUUAAUGACAACACAAUCAAGUCCUACGUCAACAACUCACACAUCACCAGUUCCUGUAAUCACUAUUACGAUAAUUACUGCUACUGAUUCUACAACCUCAACAACCACCUCCACAACUUCAACAACGUCUACAACAAAAACUCCUACAACUUCAUCAACAACGCCGACGACAUCAACUCCUACAACAACAACGUCUACAACAACAAUUCCUACAACUACAACAACUGCAAUUCCAACCAUGGAGGAAUUAAUCCUAGGAAGAUGCGAGAUGUCUGUUCCUAAAAACUUGUCCCUGUUUGAAUAUGAUGGUUCUCUUAAAUGGCCAGAUAAAUACGGUUACUGGGAAGUUUCAUGUGGCCGACUGUUUUUGUUUGGAAAAUUUCUAGUGCCUUGGAGAGAAAACUUGAUUAAAUGCCAACAAAUCGGAAUGGAAGCUAUAUAUUUUGAAAGUCCUGGCCGGACAAAUUGCUUCAAAAAUAUCAUUCCAAAAUGGAAGUAUGGCUCCAAGUAUUGGACUUCCGGCCUUCGCGUCAUAGCAGGUGGAUUUUCGUGGUGUUCUGCAAAUGCGUCAAUUCCAAUUGACGCAAGCAACCUGCCUUGGGCUUUGGGACAGCCGGACAACGCAAAUAACAGUGAAAAUUGCAUGCGUCUGCGAGUGAUCGCGAAAAAUGCCUCAAUUCAAUUCUACGAUCAUAAUUGCACACAAGAGUCGCUAUUCGCGUGUCAGGGUCCAACAACUCCGGCGCCAGCUUGUAUCACACCAAUCUGUCCAAACGUAACCUGUGAACAAAAUAUGUCUUUUUAUAAAAACCGAUCAAACGAGUUGUAUUUGAUAAAUCCACGUGCGCAUGGCUAUUGGUUUACUUAUCAGAGUAGAAUGUACUUAAUUAGCUACCCUAAUGACACACAAACAUUUCCCGAGGCAAUCACAACUUGCUGCCAGUUUGGCAUGUCUUUAAUAAGUCUAGAUUUUGGCUUCAAACUUCAGUCCAUUCUGCAAAACAUAAUGAAAAUAGGUGCAAUACUUCGGGGCGAAUACUUUUGGACGUCAGGGACCAAUCGUGGAUGCAAUGGGAAUUUCGGAUUUUGUACAGUGCAGCGUCCUGUGAGGAGAGAUGCGAUUUGGGCGCCGGGACAACCAGACAACAAGACCGGAAAUGAAAAUUCUCUAGCCGUUUAUAUUAAUUCCACCCACGUGCAAUUGCUUGAUUUUAAUGAAGAUAAAAAAUUCAGAUACAUCUGUGAGAUCAGAGAUAACUCAAAUUCGAAGACGGGAGGAUCACCUAUUAAACAAGAAUGUUCUCAAAUUCACAAUAUGAAUGAUGCUGAAAUUGACAACUUGUUAAACAAUACUGACAACAUGGACUUAAAAUCGAAGCGAUUUGUGCGGUGUGUCGGGGAAUACAUGGGAAUAUUGGUCGAUGGGAAAUUCAUGGACAACAAGGUUAUGGCAGUUUUAGAAACGAUGGCUAAUGACAGUGCAGCCGAAUUCACAAAGAAUAUGGAAAUCAUGAACGAGUGUGAAUCAUCCACAGGUGGCAUGAAUGAGGAUGAUAAAGCUGCCCAAAUAUUGAAAUGCAGCAACCAAAAGGCGCCUGGAAUUUUGAAGAGUGUCAUCAAAAGCAUAGACCAGUCCAUUCCAAAGGAGCGAGUACAGAAUUAUCCAGAGGCGUAUUGCCCUCCUUACAACAACUGUACAGUUAAUACUACGAUGUAUAACGACUUCCUAGCUGCAUCUUACGGGACCUGGCUUUAUGGAUAUGGCAUUGUAACAUCUGCAUGCGGAAGGAAAUGGAUUGUGGUUCGCACAAAUCCGGGGGUGAAUCUGCCCCAGGCGUAUCAAGCGUGCUGCGAGUUUGGCCUUAAAUUAGCGUCCUUCUCUGAAAAUGCAACGGAAACCUUCAAUUGCGUUGCUGAUUCAAUUGGCUAUGCCGGUCGCAAUGUUUGGUUGGCGGUGAGUCGGUUAAACAGCAUAAAUAGACCUCGCUGGUGCUCCUCAGAUGCUCCAUUUUCAAUUUAUGACUAUCCUGGCGCUCAGUCCAUCACCACUAAUGACCCGUCUAAGGACACAAUUUACUUCAAUUUUAUGUUCAGAACCAUCAGUGUGGCCAAUCAAUGGGACGGUGGGUGGAAUGCACUGUGUCAAACUAUUGACCCGUGAUUAUUGUUUUCUUGCUUGAUUUACUGUUAAAUUUGUAUUGAAUUAUUAU